ACACUUUAUUUGUGUAUUAGGGCUGCUGAAACAUUGGAUGGACUUUCGUCUUCUUUAAAAGAAUCAUUAGAAUCUGUAAAAAUGGACAUGUCAUAUUGUUCAUUUCUUACUCAACAAGAUCUAUCUGCUAAUAUUGAUUAUAUUGAGCGUGAUAAAUAUCUUCUCGGCAAAUCUUAUUUUGAUGUUAAAGAAUUUGAUAGGGCUGCUUUUGUGUUGGAAAAAUGCAAAUCUUCAAAGUGUAGAUUUUUAAAAGAUUAUUUGGCAGCAGAGUCUGUAUUUGAAGAAAUAAUUAAAUCCGAUCCAUAUAGAUUAGAUGACAUUGAUCUUUAUUCGAAUAUUCUGUAUGUGUUAGAUGGAAAGAGCGCAAAAUUGAGUGAACAUGAAAAGGCAAUAUCAUAUUUUCGACGAGCAUUACAAGUUAAUAGGAAUUGUUUGGCCGCCUGGACAUUGAUGGGACAUGAAUAUGUUGAACUGAAAAACACCCAUGCGGCUGUCGUUUCAUAUAAACGAGCAAUCAAUCCCAAAGAUUAUCGAGCAUGGUGCGGUCUUGGACAAACUUAUGAAAUGUUGAAAAUGCCUUAUUAUGCGAUCUAUUAUUAUCAACGGUCUUCGGCUUUGAGGAUGUGGUUACGCUUAGGAGCCCUUUAUGAGCAACUUUCGGUUCCACACGAAUCUAUAAAGGCUUAUAAAAGAGCGCUGCAAUGUACCGAUAUCGAUUCUAAUUCGAAACUUCAAGCCACAUUAAAGCUGGACACUUUGGUCUCCGAUAAAGACAAGUAG